AUGGUACACCAUUGUUGCAGCAAGCAGAAGGUCAAAAAAGGUCUAUGGUCUCCCGAGGAAGACGAGAAGCUCAUCAAACACAUCUCCACCCAUGGCCAUGGCUGCUGGAGUUCUGUCCCCAAGCUAGCCGGUUUGGUGAGAUGCGGAAAGAGUUGUAGACUGAGAUGGAUAAAUUACUUAAGGCCAGAUUUAAAAAGAGGAUCAUUUACGGAGCUCGAGGAAAUGAUGAUCAUCGAGUUUCAUAAGAUUUUGGGAAACCGAUGGGCUCAGAUUGCUAAACACUUGCCUGGAAGAACAGAUAACGAAAUCAAGAAUUAUUGGAAUUCUUGGAUUAAAAAGAAGCUUAUUGCUCGAGGACUAGAUCCAAAUACCCAUAAGCCCACCAAGGAGAUAAAUGGAGCUUCAUCGACUAUUGACCAUGUGAAUAUGAUGAUCAAUGAAAUAGUUCCAUUCGUGAUCUCAUCUGAUAAUCACAUCUCGAAGGCGACAACAACUAUUUAUAAGGAUCACGAUAAAUUUGGACAUUUUGGCGAUGAAGAUGUAAGAUUGAUGGAUAAUUUGGCGAAGCAAUGUGUAAAUGGAAAUGGAGGAGAAGUGAAAGCUUAUGAACAUGAUUAUGAUUAUCUUCAUGGUUCUAACUUGGAUUUGGAUAGAUUUAUGGGGUAUGAAACAUUAAUGUAUAAUACUAGUUUGAUGAGUCCUAUUGAUGAUCAUAUAUCUUGGGAUUAA